UAAUUUACAAUCAUAACAGUAAAUAGAUAUGUCAUUUAAAGCUAUGGCUAAAUACAAUCAUUAUUUGGUAGAUAAAAAAGCCAUUGAAAGUGCAUCCAAAUUGGAUAUCAAAUUUAUUAGUCAUGUUGGACAGGGAGGUUAUGCUGAUGUAUAUUACGGCACAUUUAACUCAGAGAAAGUGGCCAUUAAAGUGACACAUAAAGACAAGUGCAAUAAAAAUACAUUAAAACAGGAGCUCGAAGUAGUCCAACAUUUAACACCUAUUGAACACCAAAAUGUCAUUAAAUUUUUGAAAGUUAUCGAUAAUCCGGAUGACAUACCAAAUGAGGUUUGGCUCAUAAUGGGUUGGUUUGAAAGCAAUGAUAUGAAUCAAUUGUUGAUUACUCGUAAACAGCCAUUCAAUGAACAGAUAGCCCAACAUUACUUCAAGCAAAUGGUUGAAGGUUUGCAAUGGUUGCACCGCAAUAAUGUAGUGCACCGGGAUAUCAAACCGGCCAAUUUACUUAUUGGUAUCAGUGCUGAGAACAUGAAUGUCAUUAAGUAUAUAGAUUUUGGUUUUGCUAAAAUAGUUAACAACAAUACAGAUAAUAGCAGUCCCGAUAAAGCCAUGUGUACUUCACAUAAAGGUUCACAAAUAUAUAUGGCACCGGAGAUACUGUCCUCAAAGUUUAUUUAUUACGAUGCCUUUAAAACAGAUAUUUAUAGUUUAGGUAUAGUUUUAUAUGAGAUGCUCUUCAAUGAGUUACCGUUCCUUACAUCUGACUUUGGCGUCGAUCGCGAAGACAGAAAUGACUUAAUGAUAGCACUUAAAGAAAGUCUUACCAUUAGAUAUCCCGAAAAUAUUGAUGUCUCUGAAAGCGCUAAAAAUUUGAUUGAAAACAUUUGUUGUGAUUCAGAUAAACGACUGACCACUGAACUCAUACUUCAAUCAAAAUGGAUUAAACCGACUAAUAAUCAUUAA